CUUUGUGAGGUGGUCAAGGCUGCAUUUCGAGCACAGCCACAGGGAAGGGGCGCUCAGGCACACUGAGGAACUUGCUGGGAAUCCAGGUACCAUAAGAUCUGCCAUCCAGGAAGAAAACCACGUCUUUCUGUUCAUUCAGCACGGAUCCCUGCCUCAUUUUGCCUAUGACUCUGCGUGGAAAACACAUCAGUUACAAAGCCACCCGAGCACCCACCUCGACGUGUCUGAAUUCAGCAUAGAAGGGAAGAACUAAACAUGAUUUUCUUCUGAGGACAGAGCACCUCUUCGAUCUGGCUCUGACACUGAGAAUUGAAAGCAAGCCAAGUGAUGAUGCACCAACCAUCGGACUAUCGAAGACUGCUUCUCUUACAUCCUUCUCGUUUAGGGUGGACACGGCCCUUUGGAAAUGCUAGUCCACAAUGAGAGACACCGUCGUCCGGCGCUUAUUUUAUGGUUCCCUGACAUUUGGGAUCUGGACGGCUCUGUUAUUCGUGUAUGUUCACCAUAGCCAUGUGAACAACCAGAAGAACAACAUCCCAGUGACACGCUCAGACUUUUUGACCCUUAAAACAAAUGUGCAAGAGAAAAUUAUCGACAGCUCAGAGCAGGUAACAAAGCCACAAGUAACAGACAAAACACCUUACAGAGCUGAUCCUAGAAAACAAACGUCGUCUUCUGUAUCAGGUGAGGAUUCUGAGUAUGUCGAUCCAGAUGUUUAUGAUGCUUUUUUAAAAUAUGGAUUUAAUACCAUCAUCAGUAAAAUCUUGGGCAACCAUAGAAAUGUGCCAGAUACCAGGGAUAAAAUGUGUGCUCAGAAGCGUUACCCCUUCCGCCUCCCUGUCGCCAGCAUCGUCAUUUGCUUCCAUAAUGAAGAAUUCAACGCUUUGUUCCGGACGCUGUCCAGCAUCAUGACUCUCACUCCGGACCAUUAUCUUGAGGAAAUCAUCUUGGUGGAUGACAUGAGUGAGUUCGAUGAUUUGAAAGAAAGACUAAACCAUCAGCUGGAACUAUUCCGGGGAAAGAUUAAAUUAAUAAGAAACAAAAAGAGAGAGGGGCUGAUUCGAUCCAGGAUGAUUGGAGCAUCUCACGCUGUGGGGGACGUUCUGGUGUUCCUAGACAGCCACUGCGAAGUGAAUAAAGUGUGGUUGGAGCCCCUGCUGUACGCCAUUUCCAAGGACCCCAAAGUGGUGGUGUGCCCCCUGCUGGACUACAUCGACGAACGCACCCUGGAGUACAAGCCCUCUCCUGUGGUGAGGGGGGUGUUCGAUUGGAAUCUACACUUUAAAUGGGAUACUGUUUUCUCUUACGAGAUGGAUGGACCAGAGGGACCUACUAAGCCAAUCCGGUCACCUGCAAUGCCUGGAGGAGUAUUUGCUAUAGACAAGCAUUAUUUUAAUGAAAUUGGACAGUAUGACAAGGGCAUGGAAUUUUGGGGAGGAGAAAAUGUGGAACUUUCACUAAGGAUCUGGAUGUGCGGUGGCCAGCUCUUCGUGAUCCCCUGCUCUCGGGUCGGGCACAUCAGCAGGAGCCAUCUCCCAGGCAGCAGCCGUGAGAUGCAGGAAGCCAUACUGCGUAACUACCUGCGCGUGGUGCAUGUCUGGCUGGAUAACUACAAGGAGCAGUUUUUUCAUCAAAGACCUACUCUGAAACUACUCCCCUACGGCAACAUCAGCGAGCGUGUUGAAUUAAGAAAACGAUUGGGUUGCAAGUCAUUUCAGUGGUACUUGGAUACCGUCUUUCCAGAGCUGGAGUCAAAUAUAGAAAACAAACCAUUUUAAUUAGUAAAGGGUUAAAAAGUCCUCUAAUCCUUCAACACAGUGGUGGUAGAGUGCAAAUUUGGAACAGCAUGGAAUUAUGUCCAGCAGUAAGAAAUAUAACCAGAGUGGUCUACGACAGGAGUGUCUCUUUUCUCCCUUCAAUGACAAUGUCUAAUAUUUUAUUGUUCAUCUGCCAUGAAUUUCUGGGGGGACAAAACCUUGACCAUUAAAAACGUA